AUGAAUCAGCUCGUGAAUAAGAACCUCAUUACUCUUAAGUGCGUGCUCUUCUGUUUCCUCGCCGGUAUAGGAUGUAUCUUCCCAUACCUUCCUCUGCAUAUGCUGCAUGUAGGUUUGGAUAGAGGGGAGGCGAGACUUGUGUCAGCGGUCGCGCCAUGCAUCGCACUGCUCGGACCAGCGAUACUAGGACCGCUUAUUGACAAGUUAUCAAUAGGUCGUGGCUCCACCGGUGGCGGGACCAUUCCGAGCGGCUCCGGUCGUCUGCUUCGUAUUGUGACAGCAAUUUGUUUAAUAUUAAGCGCUGUGUUUUACACGCUGCUGCUGGCUGUACCUUAUACUGAAAGACAUGAAGCUCGCCGGCCCCAAGUUUUAUUCAUGUGCGACGCGUCUGGAGCGUACGUGAUGCAAGAAGUCUGUGGAGAAGGAAUGCAGUGCAAGCGAUGGCAGGGAGAGAAGUCUGGUGUGUUGGCUGUGAGUGCUUGUGAGUACGGGUGCGCAGAUGACAACCUCACGUGGGUGAUGCAACCAUUCACUACAACAUCCACAACCACCACCCUCAGCCCUAUGUACAACAGCGUCGCAAACGCAACUACCCCUCCAGACCUGGCUACCGAGGAACCAGAAGACGAGGAUUACUUCGAGCUGAACCCUCCACACCUGUGUUAUAAUGGACAGUGUCUGGUAUACAUGCAACACUCCGCUAGGUUGAGGGUUCCACUGUCAUUACUAGCACCGGAACCACCACAAGAUAAUUCUACAGCUGAGAACAAUUGGUGCACGUAUAGAACUGGUGGUCCGUCAAAAUGUCUGGUGCCACCGAAUCGUUUAGCUGAAAUCUUAGUGGAAGGGGAGACGUGUAAACCCGCGGUGCGAUGCCAGGUCAUGGAUCCUUACGAUGAACCUGAUGGAGUACUGGCUGAUGCUGAGUGUAGACAUAUUGUAGGAGAACCUGCUACUACCUUUUGGACAUACCUCGUUAUUAGGGUGCUGGCAGAUAUAUGGCCAACAGCAGGUCUGGCAUUACUAGGCGCGGCCUGCGUGAUCGCUACUAGAGAGACGUCACUGGGCCGUGGCGAUGUUGGCCGACAGCUGGCAUUCGGGACGUUAGGGUUGGCCAUAUUCCCGCCAUUAGCUGGCUAUGCUGGCGAACAAAUGACAGAAUCUCCUUACUUAGUGCCAUUCUUGUUGCACGCUGUGUUCAUGGUCAUAGGAGCUCUCAUACUAUUGUUCGACACUCACAUGCCGUUGUCCACGCCUGAGUGGUGGUGGCAUACAGCGACUGGCGUGUUAGCGCUGCCCAUGUCCGCUGUCCGGAGAUACGGCGCUGAGACAGCAGCAGUCAGUGCUGUUCUGCUGCUGCUAGGAACACUGUGGAGCGGCAUCGACGCUUACCUGCCAUGGACUGUAUUUCAACUCAACGGUACUCUGACGGAGGUCGGUUUGACACUAACUGCUGGUUCCCUGCCCGCCCUACCCGCAUUGUUCUGGGCGGAGGCUCUGGUGGACUACGUGGGGCACUCGAACAUCUUCAUCACAGCCUUCACCUUCUACUGCCUACGAUACACUGGUCUAGCUUACGGUGACUCUUACACCUGGAUCGUUGUGUGUGAACUUCUGGAAGUAUUCACUCUUAGCCUCGUGUGGGUGACCGCCAUGUUGUACUUCAGACACCUGGUGCCCAGAAAAUACACCACUACUGGGCAAGCUCUGCCCGUUAUAGCGCACUUCUGUAUCGGUCGUUGUAUCGGGGCCAUCAUAGGUGGGUUGGUGUCCUUGGAUCGUCCACUGGAGUCCGCCCGCCAGGUGUAUCGCGGCCUUGGUGUAUUAUCGUUGUUGGUAGCGGCGGUGUAUCUCGCGCUAUAUCACCUGCUACUAGCGCCGCGAUGUGCUUCACCAGCGCAAGCUCCACCCAACCAUCUCUUACAAGGUUUGAAUACCAACGGCAGUUCUAACGGCAACUAUUCACCGAUGAGAGUGUAUCAUGAGGAACGUUCCAGAAAAGGACAUUUCCGCUAUUAA